AUGGCUGCCGCGAAGACGUGGAACUGUGAUGAACAUUUCAGGCCAGAGAGGUUAAAAGAAUGGCCAGAGCCCGAGUCAGUUUCUUUAAUGGAGGUAUUAGCUAGAAAAGACAUUGAUGGAGCUGUACAUGCAAUAUUAUUUAGAGAAAGUUAUGUUGUGAAGGUUACAGUUCCACCAUUUUAUGAUCCUCUGUUUCAAAGACAGCAAGAGGCAGAUCAGGAGAAGAGAGCUAGUCUUCAAUACGAGACAGGAAAACGAUAUUCCAUGAAAGAACUUAAAGAAAUAGAGAAGGCCAGGCUGCAUGCCAAAUUGCCCCCGUUCACUUCCACUCUACACAGUGUGAUUCCAAAAGAGCAGCAUAAAGCCUCUGCGAGAUCUGUGAGAAAUAAAGCUCGUGGUAAAUGCAGUCCUGAAAAGCCCAUCUAUGCAGAAGAGAAACAUCUGUCUGAUGAAGGGAAAAAGAUAACCAACCUAAGUCAGGCUGCUUUUGAAAGGCAGUUUCGUUCCUCGAAGCUCAGCCAGGAGAACAAAGGGGAUAAGAAGGGUCUGGUUUUAGGAACCAGACAGCAGAGACCCCGUUCCUGGGCAGCUGGGGACAGCCAUCACAGAUGGGGGCCACAGCCUGUGGAAAGAAGAGUGAUGACCACAGAGGUCCUGGGGAAGCACCUGGCCUCCCUGCAGAGGGCCGCCAUGUAA